UAGCUGCCAAAGCAGGAGGCGGGCCUGCUCUAUAAAAUCAGGGGUCUCACAUGUGAGUAACUCAGCAUCAUCUUGUGACCACUCGGACCUACACCCUUCUCUCCACACUCUCCCCCCUCACACCCUGACACAGCCAUGCACCUGAGCGCGUACCAGUCGUGCCAUUCCCUGCUGGUCCUCUGUGUCCUCCUGAGGAGCUGCCAGGCUCUGAAGAACGACGCAACGGAGCUGCUGUUCCCUCACGUGAGCGCGCCGGUACCGGAGGUCCAGAGCAAUGUGACCCUGAACCGGGCGCGUAACGGAGGGAGAGGAGCGGGCAGCGCGACGCACGACAGAGGAGAGCGAGGUCAAAUCGGUUGCAGAGAGCUGAGGUCCACUAAGUACAUCUCCGACGGCCACUGCACCAGCAUCAACCCUAUCAAAGAGCUGGUGUGCACCGGCGAGUGUCUCCCAGCUCAGAUGCUUCAGAACUGGAUUGGUGGCGCCUACAGCAGGAAGCUCUGGGGUCGGCGGAACAGCAGCCAGGACUGGCGGUGCGUCAACGACAAGACCCGCACCCAGCGCAUCCAGCUGCAGUGCCAGGACGGCAGCACGAGAACGUAUAAAAUCACCGUGGUCACCUCCUGCAAGUGCAAGAGGUACUCGAGGCAGCACAACGAGUCCGGGAACAAGUUCGAGGAGCCGGCUCUGAUUCAGCCACAGCUCCUGCACAAACACAAGUCCAAGAGCAAGAGGAGGCUGGGGAAGAACCGGCUGAGUGAGAAUUGGCACGAAGCUGAGCCCUGAGAGCAGACAGGCACGCAGACUCUGCAUCUACAGAAACCUACAGGAGUUUUGUCUGGGUGAUAUUGAGACUGAACAUCCAGAGCUUGUGGAUUAUCUCUGAAUGUGACUGGGACUAGAUAAAGGUGAAGCUUGUUCCUCACAAUGAUGGAGAACUCCAACAACCAUGCUGUGGACUGUCCUUAACAUUUCAAUCCAUGUUUUAAAGAUAAUGUGAACAAACUGCAGAGCUCACUGGAGCCAAGACCAAACCCCCUUUGCCCCAGAUGUAGUCAAAAGCAUUAUUAUAUUAAUUUCAUACACAGAAGCAGAUUUUACUUUUAAAACACCAACACCAGUGAACACCAAACAACUCAAAAACUCCUCUGUAAAUAAUUGUACAUAUUAAAUUCUGACUUGUCUUUUAAAGUAUUGCCAUGUGUAUAAAGACUUACUAUGUAGAAUGUAUGAUGUACGAUGUAAUAUAUUUUCUGUGCAACAUUUAAGAGAAGUUUUGCUUGAAUUGCAUCAGCAUGUGAGUGAAACGGAGAAAAGCUACGUCAUCGAUCAGUCUUUGUAACAACUUUGUAUGAAAUAAAUAUAACUUUUUAUCAGACA